UUGGUGGAGUAGGUACUGCUGGGAAACUGUCGCGCUCGCUUCGCUUCGAAGAUCGUUCUGGGAUUAUUUUCGUGUGCCCGUAAACACCGUUGGCGGAUACAUCUGUGAAUCAUCGAUGCGCUGUUUUCAGUGUGCAUGUUAUGAAAGAAAGAAUCGAUGAAGACAUGCGUGGAUAAAAGCGUGUUUUCACCCUCAAGUCCACCAUGUACUACCCUCCUCUUUUUACAUCUGUGAGACCAUUUGAUCCACGAACAAAUCCAUUGGAAGUUCCUGUCGGCCGAGAAAAUCCGUUGGACCUGUCAGUCAAGACCAUUCGUCCAUCAUCUGAAACCGCCGCUGGUGGUGCGGAUGCCGACGACUUACUGAUGUUGGACCAUCGGAAACUGGCCAAUCUGGCCGCUUCUCAUUCCUUGUCGGCGAUGGGGCGGCAGUUGAUAGAUCCCACCCUCUUUCGUUUGGGAUACGGCGCUGAUGCUGCCGCUGCCGCUGUGAUACCUGGACUUGCACCCCCUUUCUGUUACGACCGGACGACUGGCGUAGCUGUACCCACUUCUCUUGCUGGACACCAAAUGAUGACUAAUUUCUUACAACAAAGGGAGCGCUGUCUGGAACAGCAACACCAGCAAGCUCUAUAUGCUGCUCGCAACUCUGCAGUAGCUCAGCAGCAAGCUGCCGUAGCAGCUGCCGCAGCAGCCUAUAUGGAUCCAACGAAUAUUCCUCUUCAUUUACGAAACGGAUUAACCCAACGCGAAGCUGCUGCGGCCCUGGCAGCGACUAGGGGGCUUUAUGCUCCAACUCUUCCUGCUCCCAUGAUGCUUCCCGCUUUUUCUCUGUAUACAGAUGAUAAAGGAGCAUUUACAUCCCUACGAAAUGCAGCCGGUGCAGCCGCUGCCGAAAAAAACUUUUUAAACGGAACAACUGUUGCUCCUGUUCUGGAAGCUGCUCGAUAUGCGGAACAUUUUCAGCGACUAAGGGAGCAGCAUUUACAACAGCAUCAAGCAACAGGAAAAUGUAGCAAUGCCUGUUGCACUUCAAGUGCCCUAGCUGGAUUAGGGCAAACCUCAGUGCCAUGCGCAUGCUGUGUCCAGACGCCAUCUCAAGCUGCUCUCUGCGCCCGUAGUCCAAUGGGCUGUGCCACGAAGGAACCAGCUUCAGCAGCUACGGGAAAAGUGUGCGAUUUUGUUCAGCCUGGUCUAACGUUCCUUCACCGUCCUACGGCUACGACCACUGCGCCUUCCACAACUUCGGCCCCCAGCAGUAGUGAAAUAAGGUUGUCAGUUUCAAGUCUGUGCACUACGCAAACGACUACGGAGCCUACUACAGUAAGCUCCUCACGAGAAAAACAAAACACAAAUUUCAGAAAUUCCGCAAUAUGGAAUGCAGGUCUACCAUCAGUUUCGACUGGUGGGAAAACAGCCUUUACUGUACCAAAAAAGAAAGAACCUUCUAACAGAGACUCUUCGUCGCAUCACUCUAAAGAGCACAGGUCAUCUGGUAGCAUUAAAGAUAUCUUGAAGGACAGCCAAAAUAAUAAUUCGGUGUCUUUUGAAACUCCAAAAUUUGAUCAACCGAAAGUGAAUACUUCAUCGUCCAAGCACGAUGCUGCAAGGAAAGCUCAUCGUGAUAACCCAGAGAAAAUUACUGUGCCUGUCAAUGAAGACUUUUCCACUCGAUAUUAUCAGCGAGACAAUGCAGAUGUGAAUCCUUUCGUCUUUCACAAAAAUCCUAUUGUCAUUCCAAAUAAAUGUAAUACUAAUAGUUUUAAUAUUAAUACUACUGACGCUAUAACUACUGUAACUUCUGUUACUCCUCUUGUAUCGACAAAAUGUGAAGGAGGUACAAUACCCAUAACCAAAAUGCCACCGCUCCUUGAAGCAGUGCGACCUUCAGAACAUCAGGCUUCUUCUGAUCAUGUAUUAGAACCGCCUACAUCUGUGCCCAGUCCUCAAGGUCCCCCACCGCUCAUUGCAGUAUCUAGUACAACAGAUAUUUCAUCAGCCUCGGCUGUUGUUAAGUCUCCGUAUGUGUCUACUGAAAGCUCAUCCACUCUUAGGACUAAUUCGAUGUAUCCGAAUAACUCAAUACUUAUUCCGUCUUUCAAGCAUCAGACCGAAAAACCUAUUUCAGAGGCUCCCAGUAGCAGAUUAUUAUCAUCCAAAUCGCCAAAGAAAUCGUCUCAAUCGAUUUCGAAAUUCAAUGGACUGCCCCAAGGUUUCGCCAAUGAAGAACCUCAAACGGCUGCUGUAUCCCUUCCUAAACCCAUACCACAUAUUCCUACUCAUCAUUUAACAUCGAGUACCCCACACCAUUAUGCUAGUCACUAUCGUCCUGCACAGCACCAGAUAAACCUUCAGAGUCACAAUGGAUGGAUACCUCCUGCCAAUCCCAAUGUUACAAUAGCUCCCUUACCACAACCGGUGACUACCACUUCUUUGACAACAUCAUCAACGGCAGUAGUCACAAGUGCGCACCGUCCGACAAAGACGCAGCAGUCAAAUUGCCCAUCUAGUGGUCAACGUGAACCCGAUUAUGCCGAUACAGCAAAUGUUCUGCAGUCUUUGCUCAUACGUUCUGCUCCUGGUUUGGAACCCUUAGCCACUAUUCCUCCGGCGUCUGUUCCGAUCGCUGCAACGAGCGUUAUUACACCAACAAAUGGGUUACCUCUAUUUGGGCUGGACUAUUUUCAUCUUGGACAUCAACUGCAUUUGGCCAACGGAAAUCGCGAAAAUAUGUCCACUGCCAAUCAUAGCGGACUGCCAGCAGCUCCGAGCAAUGUCAUAACUACCAUGUCUUCUUUCAAGGAAAAAGCUGAUAUUCUCAAAACUGACAACAGUCACUCUUCUCCCGUCGCUCCUAAAGUGUCAUCCAAGAAGAGGUCAAAUGGAAUUCCAAGUUCUGAAGAAAAUACAAUUAAUAAGAAAAGGCUACUUUCCUUGGACUUCAACUCACCUCUCCCAAGAUAUUCUUUUCAGACAACGCCAUUUGCAAAUGAAGCUUCAGAAGCACCAGAAUGUCCAUAUACUUUCAUUCCAGAACCUCCUCUCAACUUCAGCAAUCAGUUCAAAAUGGAGGAAAAUCAAAAGCAUUGCAGACGAGAGUGUUUAGAAAAGCCUUACGAUACUUCUCUGGACUCUUCGAAGUCGGCAAUAACCACUAAGUCAUCUUCAAAGUCGUCAGAACUCCGGUGCAUUCCAAAAACCACAUGCGAGCAGUCGACGUUGCAUACGGCAGACAGACUGAGUGCCAUCAGAGCUAAGAGGAAACUUCGAAAGAAAUUGCUGGCCCGCAUCUACCAGCAGAGACGGCCGCUUUUGACUGGCCAUGUAGCGCCAGACCCCAGCGCCAUCGAGAAGCAGUUAGCCGUAAGGUACACACGAAAACUUCUAUCCCAACUAACCCUUCGAUGGGCUCACAGACGUUACCUGCACAAAUGGCAUUCGAUGAAGAGGAAGAACUCAAAUGGUGUCUUGAAACUCAGGAAAAAGAAAAGGAAUGGCAAAGUAGUGUACAAGAUCAAACGUGACAGUGACGGGAAGUUGAAAGACUCUAAAAUGCACGAAUCUUCAACCAAGACAAAUGAUUCGCCAUGUUCCCUCGCCAUAACUCCCGAGAUGAAACGUUUAAUGGGCAACAAAGCUCUAGGAGAAACCACGCUGCAUCGGGCUGCAAGAUUAGGCUAUCCUGAAUCUGUUGCGUACUGCCUGAAGACCAAAUGUGUCAGCGUUAAUGCACGUGAUAAUGCUGGUUACACGCCUCUUCAUGAAUGCUGCUCUCGAGGGCAUCUGGACAUAGCACGGGCACUACUGCAAUACGGAGCAGAUGUUAACGCAAGCGCUGCUGGUGGCAUUAGGCCUUUGCAUGAUGCUGUGGAAAAUGACCAUGUAGAAAUUGUUCGCCUCCUUCUCUCAUAUGGGGCUGAUCCAACCAUAGCUACCUAUUCAGGUCUGGAGCCUAUAAAACUAGCCCGUUCGCCUAUGAUGGCUGAAUUCUUGCAAGGAUUUCUGGCUGACAUAAGUGGGGAGGCCGAUAGUAGACCUCACCUACCGUGGAGAUUCUGGGGCUCUGCCAGAUGUUUGGAUCCAGACGAUAGUGGCUACGAUGUGUUUGAUGGCGUUCCGUCCGAUCCUCAGAGUGAGGGGGAGGGCGACAACGACUUCCUGUUCGAGGUGAGCGACUCCCCCCACCUUCCAACUUUCAGACUUCUGUUGCCUGCUGCCAACAGUAAGGCGCAAUGUAACUACCUUCGUCUGAAUGACGUUCUGCGCAAACUUUCCAUCACCAAGGAGGAGUUUCUCCAGCUUUAUGGUCACAUUGAGAUUCUGGCUCUCCCGAGGCACGAAUUCGAAGCUAGUGCCACGUGCAGUCCCCUGCUGACAGGGACGAAGUUAGACAACCCGUUGAUGUCACGUCCAAACACCGACAGGCUGGUGGACAACGGCAGCACGACAGAUCUAGUGAGGCUGGACAACAGCAUACGUCAAGUGCUGGGCAUCGAAACGAUUUCCGUGCGAUAGCAGACGACGAUGUGUGCCUGUGCGCCGCUAUUGUGAUAGAAACUGUGUUAAAAGCAAACUCUAAAACAGCUGGACGUGUGUGUAUUUUUCUGUUGUAAAUAUUCCAGAAAGCAGCGUUCACACUCGACAGCUCCUAUUGGAAGAGACCCCCCCCCCACAACACCCGUCAUCCGAAAAAAGAAGCUCUAAAUAGCUUUUAGCGGUGAAUUAGUCAAUGCCUUAGUUGUUAAUUCAUUGUCUUCAAAUCAUAUGAUUGCAAGCGUGAGAUUUUGUUGCAAAUCUGAGGUAUUAAUUAUACCGUUCCUAACAAAUUUUAAGACUGCAACAACGCUUCGUACUCUUCUACGUAGUUGAAUGUUUUAUUAUACGUACCCCGGUAUCUAUUUUCUUGUUAAUUCUCGGAAACAUAACUUUUUAUUUGAAUAACCCAUAGUUCUAGAAACUUGGACCUUGUCUUAAUUUUUCUCCAUAACGCACUCCCAAUUCCUGUAUAUUUUUCAGCUUGCUUAGUCUUGAUUAUUAUAUUAUUUAUUUAUUGUGUUUCUUUCUGAAUUCUGCUUAAAAAGUGAUUCAAAGAAAUACGAUUGUCUAGCAUAAGUAUUCCUCAUGUUUUCGGAGCUCUUGCGCUAUGCCCGUCAUAGGUGCAGUCAGACAGACAGUGGGAUAUUUUAUUUUAUUCAAAUUUGUUUAGCUGGCUUACUAAACUAGACUUUUUAACUGGCAAGAAACUUUUUAUUUUUACAUCUUAAAACGUGUUAUUUUCUAGGACGAUUACACAGAAAUGUCACCUUGCUCUAAUUUAAAACCAUGUGAUCAUGGAUUCCUUAUUAAAGUUUAAUAAGUGCUUCAUAUAACAUCAAUGGUAUUUUAACUGUCGUCUGUCUGCAAGCACCUAUGCCUACUUCAAAUAAAAAAAAAAUACAUUCUUCAAAUGCAAGUGAGACCGGAUUUAUGUGAAAGAUGUUUGUAUAUAGAGAGAUAAUAAUAUUUAAAGCUAUCUGUGCAUAGAAAGCUGUGUAAUGCUACGCUUGCUUAUUAUAGAUGUACAGAUCAAGUAAGUUUUAUGUCAAAGCUUGUCGACGUGGGCUGUGCAGUUCGAAGUAUUGUACAAAAUUGUUUUUUUGUCGGCCUACUCGAGUUUGUAUGUAUUGUACUUUACGUGUGUCUAACUGUCUUUUAUUAAAAAAGUGUACAUUAAAUUGUAUGUGUUUCAAUUUA